AUGUCGGGAUCUCCCGCUUCAUUGGUUGCUCUUCCAAAUGAGCUCCUGUCCAUCAUAUUGCAACAAAUCGACGAGAAGGACCGCCUCUCAAUCGCAUACGCCUGCCGGAGACUGAACGAUUUUGUCGCAUCAUUGUCGCUUGGUCGUCUCAACAAGUAUCUUCAAUCGUACAGCAACCUAUGGAUAUGCAGUGGGCACCACACCACAUGCCCAAACAUCGUAUGCCUCAAAGACCUUUGCCAAUGGGUCGUUAACCCGCCGCGAAUCCCUGUUAUGAACAUCAAAUUCAGCGAUAAUUACCUUGGCCAGCUCCGUCUACUCACCCACUACAUCGAAAGGUUCCCCGAGUCCGAACGGCCCACUGUGCACGUCCAUGUUGGUUACCAAAAUCGUUGGUCUGAUAUGAAAACAGAUUCACAAUUGAAAAAGCUUAACACCUUCCUCACGGGGCUCGCAGAGCUUAAAUGCGUUGCUUCGUUUCUGACGCCGUACAACGAUAAGAAGGCCGCGUUGCUGGACACGGCGAAAAGGAAAAAUAACUAA